AUGGAAAGAGGAGGAAGAGGUAGAGGCAGAGGAAGUGGAGGUAGAGGUGGUGGAGGAGGAGGAGAGAGAGGAAGAGGCGGUCGUGGUGGAGCGCCAGGGAGGCCUUCUCCUUGGAAAACUUCUGCUCCCAACCGAGCGUGGGUGCCCAGAGCGGCUCCUUCAUCUUUGUUGGACAGUUCAGACAAAAAUAUCCCAAUUAAACGGCCCGAUAAUGGAGGUACAAAAACUAUGAGAACUAUUAGUCUUUAUGUCAAUCAUUUUACUCUCUCAUACAAUCCCGAUAUUAUUAUAAGGCAUUAUAAUGUUCAUAUCAAGCUAAAGAAUGGCCGUUCUGUGAAAAUGUCGAAGGACGAACUCUCUACAAUAUGGAAGAAGUUAUCCUCUGAUAAUCCUUCGGAUUUUCCCUUGUUAAGUACAGCAUAUGAUGGUGGAAAAAACAUCUUCAGUGCAGUGCCGUUGCCCACUGAAUCAUUUAAGGUGGAAGUUCCUGCGGAAGAAAACACACGGUUCAGUUCAUACAUAUUUACCAUAAAGUUGGUAAAUGAGCUCAAGCUUUGCAAGUUGAAGGAGUACUUGAGUGGCCACGUGUUGUCUAUCCCUGGUGAUAUAUUGCAGGGUAUGAGUUUGGUGAUGAAAGAAAAUCCAACUAGGUGCUUGGUUUCUGUUGGGCGAUGCUUUUACCCCCCUAAAUCUAAUGAAGACGACGACCUUGGACAUGGUGCUGCUGCAUUUAGAGGGUUUUGGCAUAGCUUAAGGCUGACUUCCCAGGGUCCUGCUUUGUGUCUUGACUACUUAGCAGUGGCAUUUCAUAAGUGCAUGCCAGUUAUAGAUUUUCUUCAAGAGCGAAUAAGGGGUUUUACUUUAGAAGAUUUCACUAGGUUGAGGGGAGCUGUUGUGGGUGUAUUGAGGGGAUUGAAAGUUACUGUGACUCACCGGAAAACCAAGCAAAAGUACAUCAUCAAGGGGCUGACUUAUGAGAAUGCAGGAGAUAUUACAUUUGAUGCUGUAGAUAUAGAUGGCCAGUGUCCACCUAGGAAAGUUAGACUUCUUGAUUAUUUCAGUGAAAAACACAAGGAGAUCCAGUACAAAAACAUUCCCUGCUUGGAUUUGGGGAAAAAUGGUAGGGAGAACUUUACACCGAUGGAGUUCUGUGUCUUAGCUUAG